AUUUACUUGGCAUAGCUUCCAUUAUUACCUAUUUAUGGAACAUAACUAAACUUUUUAAUAAUUAUAUUUAGUAGUUAAAAUAUAACAUAUUUACUUCAUAUAGCUACCAGUUUUUUACCACUCAUCUGAUAACUUCCCACACCCCUAAAUUUAAGCCAACAAAAACGUCUCUCUCUCCUAUCCCCCUAAAUACACGCCAUUAUUCACAAUAUCCCUUAAUUUCCUCCAAUUUCAAAUCAGUUUUACAAUACAUCAACUUCCUUGUUUAUCUCUAAUUAACUACUCAUUAAUUUCACUCAUGAUUCAAAUCUAAUUCCCAAAAAGGUAAGAUUCUAUACUGAUUUUUAAUUUUCACCGUGUAUUUAACCUAUAUUUUCGGGAUUUUUUUUUUCGUUUGAAUCAGGAAUGCAACUCUAAAUAAUUAAUUAUCAGUGUUUGUUCUUGGUUGUUUUUUCUUAGAUUCAAGUGAAAUGGCUAAGAAAGCUUCUACUCCGAUGAGAAAUAGAGGUAUAGAACCCGAAUUUGAGAUUCCUAAUUUUUCUUUGGGAAUUUCUCAACAUGAAACUGCCAUUCACGAGCUCUUAUCGAGAAUCGUUCAAAAAGAAUUAACGAUCCUAGGCGUUCUGCUGAUUAUGUUGAUUCGAAGAGUAAACAACAAGAAAAAGUGAAAAAGGUUUCUCAAAUGGAGAAACAAAAGAAGAGAAAGGCUGGUGACAAUGUUGCUAAUGUUAAGGGCAAAAAAAUUGCUAAAACCAAACAUAAUGUCGAUGAGGAUGAUGAUGCAGAGGUAUCUAAAUUUUUGGUUACCAAGCACCCUGCUGUGGCACCAUCUAUAUGUAGAUACACGAAUGUUAAUGUAAUGCAAGAUAUUAGAGGCAAACUAACAGACCCACAGAUGGAUAUGUUCAGGAAUUCUUGUUUUGGUAAAUAUCUCAGAAUGCAGCAAUUGGAUGUACAAGCACAGAUUUUUCGGUGCUUUAUGGUCAAAGAACUUAGGGGCAGCACAUAUAGGUGCUUUACAUUUGAAAUAAAUGGUAAAGUUCUGCGUUUCGGCCUUAGAGAAUUUGCACUGAUCACUGGGCUAGAUUGUGUCUCUGAUGAAAAAGAUUUUGUUUAUGAUAACUCAAAACCGAAUAGACUUAUGGUUGAAUAUUUUGGUAGAAAUGAGGAGAACCAAUUGCCAGUUAAAAGACACGAGCUUAUUGAGCGUUUCAACAAGACAGUUUGGGAUGAUAAAGGGGAUGAUGUAGUCAAGAUGACAAUAUUGUAUUUCAUAAAUACGUGGGUACAUUGUGGUGAGCCAAACUCAACAAACAUACCAAGGAUCCAUUUUGAUGUUAUAGAGGACGGGAGAUAUAAUGAGUAUCCUUGGGGUAAAGAUUCAUUUAGAGAGUUGGUUGUAAGCAUCGGGCAGAAAUAUGCUGGUUUUAAGAAAUAUUAUAGGAUUCAUGGGUUGCCACUUGCUAUGCAAGUCUGGUUGUAUGAAUGUUGCUCAAAAGUCCCGUCCACCAUUGCAGUUAAGACGGGGAAUUUAGUUCCUAGAAUUUUAAACUGGCGGACUACGGAAGGAAAAUCAGAAUUCAAGAGAUUGAUGGAUGGCAUGUUCAGAGACGACAAAAACCCGUCUUGUAGAUUUGAGGAAGUUGUGCCAACACCCCAUGAGUUGGAAACUCUUAAUUUGCCUCCUGUUGCACAUGAUAUACCAGACGUCAAACAUGGAGUUGAUGGUGUACAUGGUGCGAUUUGGUAGACGAUGAUUACGAUGAUUUUAGUACCACACC